UCUACUCAUUCGACUUGAACGCGUGGACACUGUCAUCAAUGCCACAAAUCUUUCGACGAGCCAUCGAUGUUUAUCCGACUACUUCAUUUAACUAAAAUGGUUGAAAGUGUUUGAAAUAUUUUUGGUGGACAAAAGGAAUUAAGGUGAAUGGAGUUGGAUUUAACACCAAAAUCAGCACAACCACUGUUUGAGGGAGAUGGUGGAGGUUACUACACUUGGUAUACUUCCCAAAUGCCAAUUCUGGCUACGACUUAUGUGGGUGCUGGUCGUCUUCUUCUUCACCCUCGUGGCUUUGCCUUUCCUCAUUAUGCAGAUUCAUCCAAAGUAGGUUAUGUCAUUCAAGGGAGUGAUGGAGUAGUUGGGAUGGUUCUCCCCGACGGCAAAGAAGAGGUGGUUGUGAAACUAGAGGAAGGAGACGUUAUAGCAGUACCUGUUGGAGCUGUCUCCUGGUGGUUCAACGAUGGAGACACAGAUCUGAUCAUUGUUUUUCUUGGAGAAACUUCAAAGGCUCUUAUUCCUGGUCAAUUCACUUAUUUCCUUCUAACUGGAGCUGUUGGAGUUAUAGGAGGUUUCUCAUCUGAGCUCACCAGCAAAGUGUAUAACUUGGACAAAGAUGAGGUUCAAAAGCUCACAAAAAGUCAAGCUGAGCUUUUUAUUGUUAAACUAGACAAAAAUCAGACACUGCCUAAACCCCAGGUUGACAUAACCAAAAAGCUUGUGUAUAAUAUAGAUGGUGCAGAGCCAGAAAAUGUAGUUGAAAAUGCUGGAUUGGUGAAAACCUUAACGGAGAAAGAGUUUCCUUUUAUCGGGGACACUGGUUUGAGUUUGAUUAGAGUGAAACUUGAAGCUGGUGCUGUUAAGGCUCCUUCAUAUGCAACAACCAUUGCGAUUCAAUUGAUUUACUUUGCCAGAGGAAGUGGCAAGAUUGAAAUUGUGGAGUCUAAUGGAAAAUCUGCAUUAGACACUCAUGUUAAGGCUGGUGAUUUGUUUGUGGUGCCGCAACUUUUUGUCGUGGCUAAAAUUGCAGGAGAAGAAACGAUGGAAUGUUACUCCAUUACAACAACUACAAAGUGA